UGGUCAGGGAACUUUUUCUGCCGGUCGGAGGGCGGGCGGUGCCAAGCGAUCGAUGGGAUGGCUUCGCCGCCUUUUGGUUCAGUUUUGGGACGUGAGGUGGACGGGGCGUUUUGCCGUUUUGGGUGUCUUAUUUUUGGGGGAUGGUUAUUGGUCCGUUUCAUGGUGGAUGAUUUCAUGGGGGGUUGUUGAUUUUAUCUCUCGAUAUGGGGUGUAUUUGGGUCAAUUGGGUAAUGUUCAAUACUCUACGAGGUUUUGUGAGCAAGUUUUGGAAAUUGUGAUAUUUUUUGUGCAAUGGGUAAAGGAUAUAAUUUCAUAAUCUACGAUAUCAUAGCGCGAGUCAACCUACAUCGAGAAAAAGAUAACCCCACGUCAGAACUUUGCGCGAAACCAACGUCAAAUUCAACACACGGUAUGUACAUACAGAACCAGCAAGGA